CACACAUUCGCAUUUUAGUCGCGCUAGUGACAAGACGUGUGUUCAUGUUUUUUAUCUCAGCAAUUUUACUACCCUACUCUCCUUGUUUUGUGUCUAUUUCUGUGCACUAUCUCAGUGUUUAGUUAUUCAUUUUAUUUAAAAAUGGCCAACGAUAUCAAGAUUACCAACGUCAAUAAAGCCAUCAAAAACUUGCAAAAAGUUUUCGAAGAUCAUCCUCGCACCGCAGCAAACAUCCAACUACCUGCUAAGGAGCUUAUUUCCCUUACUCAGAACCUAAUUACACACUUCAAAGCUACAAUUUCAAGCCUCACUUCUGAAGUAGAAGGAUACAAAUCCAUCAUUGACAAACACCUUUUGGACAAAGAUGAAAAACUUCAAACAAUUCUAGAUAAGAUAAAUUCAAACUCUAACAACACCACACCACAAUACAACACCAUUGCUCAAAUCCCCCCUAGACCAAUCAACAAAACGGUUCUCGUAAAACCUAAAAACAACUUGUUAACCCCCCCUCAAGCUAAAGAUGCCAUCUGCAAUGCUAUUCCAACCGGAGAUAUCAAAUGUAAUCAGAUUUCCAUCAACAAAUCGAAUGUGGCAUACAAGUUCUCUUGCGAAAAUAGUAAAAACAAAUUCAUUAAUUUGAUCAAAUCUAAUGAAAGCCUCAAUUUGUCCUUGGAAGCAUAUGAGCCCACUCCUAAAUGCCCAACCAUCAUCCUCAAAAAUCUUGACUAUUCAACAAACGAAUCUGAUAUUAUAAACAAUUUGGUAAUUCAAAACGACCUUAAAGAUUUUGACCACCAUUUGAAGCUUCUGUUUACAAUUAAAAAACGCUUUUAUUACGACGCUGUUCUUUGUGUAUCUCCACACAUUUAUGACUCACUGACUCAACGCACUCUUUUUAUCGGAUGGACAGCUGUCAAUGCCCAAAAUAUGUUUCUUUUAGGGCAUUGUAGCAAGUGUUUGAGUUUCCAACAUCGUACUAACGACUGCUCAAAUCAUCUUAAAAAAUGCAAAAAUUGCUCUCUUUCUUUCUCAAACGCACAUGUAAACAAUAAACAUUCGGAAUUCUCCCUCCAUAUCCGAAACUGCUCCACCCUCAAGUGCUGUCACUGCCACGAUAAAAACAUGAUAUCUGAUCACGCUGCACUGUCAGAAAAUUGUCCAUUCUAUCGUCAAAAAAUCCAAUUCGUUUGGGAAAAGACAUGUUAUGAUCCCACAACCAAAGUUCAAUUUUUCAAUAAACCCUCCAACAUUAUAACAACAAACUCCCCUAACAAUAACAACACUACAAUCUCUCCCCACUACAACACAACAGGUUCCACCAACACCACUAUCAAUCACACACUCACCACAACUAUCCAACAACUCCCCCCCUCCCCCUCAUCUGUUUAAUUCACUUUCAUGGAUCCAAUCAAAUUUAU